AUCGUUUUUCUACUACCAUUUCUGCUGGUGCUGCUGCCACAGCUACCGUUACUGCCCCUCCCCCGCCAUAAUCAAGGGACCACCUACCGAUUCGCGGCCCCGAAACCGGAUUACAUCAGUCACGCACAGUCCCAGCGCCCACCAACAGGCGUAGCUCCGUACGGCCUCACUUUUUCCACCCCACCAUCGAAAGAUACAUCACCACAGGCAAACCCUCGCCCUCGUCCAGCAAACCCCCCGUCUAGCACAUCAAUCAUAGCAAUACUACCGCACGCCGCCCGCUCGCCUACACCGCCAUGUCGACGUUUGGCCACCACUUCCGGGUGACGACCGCCGGCGAGUCGCACGGCAAGUCGGUGUCGUGCAUCAUCGACAACUGCCCGCCGAACCUGCCCCUCACCGAAGAAGACAUCCAGCCGCAGCUCAACCGCCGGCGGCCGGGCCAGUCGUCCAUCACGACGCCGCGCAACGAAAAGGACCGCGUCACCAUCCACUCGGGCACCGAGUUCGGCCGCACGCUCGGCACCCCGAUCCUCCUGACCGUCCCCAACGAGGACCAGCGGCCGCACGACUAUGGCGACGCCACCGUCGACGUCUUCCCCCGCCCCUCCCACGCUGACUGGACCUACCUCGAGAAGUAUGGCAUCAAGGCCUCGUCGGGCGGCGGCCGUUCCAGUGCCCGCGAGACCAUCGCCCGCGUCGCCGCCGGCGCCGUCGCCGACAAGUGGCUGCGCGCGGCCUACGGUGUUGAGAUUGUCGCCUUCGUCACCUCGGUCGGCGGCAUCAAGCUCUUCGAGGACGACGGCGAGUCCAUGAGCGCCGACCCGGGCUUCCUCAGCCUCGCCGAGUCCAUCACCCGCGACCAGGUCGACGGCUUCCUCCCCGUGCGCUGCCCGCACCAGGACACGUCGCGCCGCAUGGAGGAGCGCAUCGCCGAGCUGCGCGACGCCCACGACAGCACCGGCGGCACCGUCACCUGCGUCAUCCGCAACGCGCCCUCGGGCCUCGGCGAGCCCUGCUUCGACAAGCUCGAGGCCGUCCUCGCCCACGCCAUGAUGAGCAUCCCCGCCGUCAAGGGCUUCGAGAUCGGAUCCGGCUUCCGUGGCGCCGAGAUGACGGGCAGCCGACACAACGACCCCUUCGUCCCCGCCCCGGCCGUCUCCGCCGCCGAGGCCAAGAUGGGCAUCCCCCGCAGCCGCCUGCAGACUAAGACGAACAACUCGGGCGGCAUCCAGGGCGGCAUCUCCAACGGCAUGCCCAUCUUCUUCCGCGUCGCCUUCAAGCCCCCCGCCACCAUCAGCCAGGACCAGACCACGGCCCGCUACGACGCCUCGGGCGAGGGCGUCCUCGCCGCAAAGGGCCGCCACGACCCCUGCGUCGUGCCCCGCGCCGUCCCCAUCGUCGAGGGCAUGGCCGCCCUGGCCAUUGCCGACGCCGUCAUGGCCCAGCACGCGCGCCAGCUGGGCAUCCACAUGGCGAAGCAGUAGACGACGACGACGACGACCGUUACUACUACCACCGCCAUCAUCACCAGGCUCACUACUACCAUCACACUACAACAGGGAGGACAAGAGAAAAUGCCGGGAAGACAAGGAACGACCAAAAAGAAGAGGAGUUAUGGAGCUGGCCGCAUUUCUUCUUUACCAACCAUAUAUCGGAAAAAGUACCUUUUCGUCAGCAUCUACAACUUAGAUAUCGGGCGGGGAUGAGUCGAGGGCAAUUGACAAACGUCAACUCAACCAUAUCCAAUCAACACAGUUCAACUCGCACGCUCGCACUCACAGACACAGACAUUGAUACACACACGCACAUGUACGCACCCAGCAACUCAGUGACAAGGACCUUCUUGUGGCCCUCUUGCGUCCUCCCGCCCGCACAAAAGCCUGCAUUUGCAUUGCAUUGCCAUGUACAUGUGCCACGUACUGAUUAUGUGAUUACGACAACGACAACG